AUGGUCGCCGAUCCGUUUCCCGUCGACCAACACUACAUUGAAAAUCCGUCUGAAUUGUUCGACGCCUCUAUAGAUGACCUAAUUGUUGACACGGACAAUGAACUUAUACUGGAAGCGCACCUCCAAUGCGCCGGCUACGAGAUUCCUUUGACGGACGCUGACGAGAAAUGGUUCGGAACCUCGAUGUUGGGUAUAUGCGAGAGAAGACUCCAAAAGGACAUGGAAGGCUGGCACGUGUCGAUACGGGGUGCUCAGGAAGAUACAUACAUGGUCGUGGAAGUGAGGCACCGCGAGCAGGACACAUAUAUGCUAGAAGAAGUCGAAUUCUCUCGCGCCUUGUUCGAGUUGUACGAGGGGGGAGUAUUCAUGCGCCAAGGCGAAUCUUUCAUCGUCAAGGAAGUGAGCCAUGAGUCCAAAGUGGCCAAGGUCCAGCGAGCCGAUGUUAACUAUAUCACAUCGCCGAGAGACGUCACGCUUAUUGAGCCAUUGCAAACGUAUCGCGUUAGUUCCAUCAAUAAUUACCCUGCGGAGUAUGGCCGCGUAAAUGUCUCCGUUAAGGUCUUUGGUUUCUACAAACUUAGGGCGGGGACCAUCCUCGACGCCGUCGAAUUGAUGACACCUCCAUGGGAACGACAAACAGCCGGAUUCUGGAUUGACCUGCCUCCAGUAAUCUCAGAGCAGCUCAAGGAAGAAACAAUUGACAGAGCGGCUGCGAUACAUGCAGCGGAGCAUGCGUUUCUAAACCAGUUCGCACUUUCGGAAGACGUUAAAACGGAUUGUAGGGUAGCAAAAGAAGAAGACGCGAUCUCUGAGUCCAAGAAAAGGCCACCGAGGCUGGUUUUUUAUGAUGCAGCAGGCAGGACCGGGGGCGUCGUGGCAAGAGCCUUCGACCAUGGCAAGUCCUCGGUCAACCCUUGA